GUAAACGUAGUGCAACUUGUUGGAUUUUGUGUUGAAGGAUCAUAUAGAGCACUGGUUUAUGAGUACAUGGCUAAUGGGUCUCUUGAUAAAUACAUUUUUACUUUUGACAAGGCAAAUAGAAUCCUCAAUAUGGACAAGCUUCUUGAGAUUGCCUUAUCUGUGGCCAAGGGACUUCAUUACUUACAUCAGGGGUGUAAUAUGGGGAUUCUGCAUUUUGACAUCAAACCUCAUAAUAUCCUUCUUGAUCAUAAAUUCACACCAAAAAUCUCUGAUUUUGGCUUAGCAAAGUUACACCCUAAGGGUCGUAGUCUUGUCUCAAUUAGUGCUGCUAGAGGAACAAUUGGAUAUAUUGCACCAGAAUUAAUAUCGAGAAGUUUUGGGACUAUAUCUCAUAAAUCAGAUGUAUAUAGUUUUGGGAUGCUUCUAAUGGACAUGGCUGGUGGGCGUAUGCAUGCUGACCAGAAAGCAGAUGAUUCUAGUCAAGUUUACUAUCCUUCAUGGAUUUAUGAUAAGCUAAACAAGAUGGAACUGUCUAAAAACUUUGGCAUUUUUGGGAUUGAUGAUUUUGAGAGGAAACUAUGUAAGGUGGGUUUGAGCUGCAUUCAGACACGUCCUGUGGAUCGUCCUUCCAUGAUUAAUGUUGUGGAGAUGCUACAAGCUAAUGUUGAUUCCAUACAAAUGCCGCCAAAGCCAUUCUUC